AUGUCUCCUACCAGUGAUUUCGUGAACACCACUUCCACCGCCAAAGGUCAGAAAAUCACCGCGGGGCUAGUCGCCAAGCCCGUCAAAGGGUCACAGUCUACGAUCACGCUUUGCAAGGACAUCAUACGCGAGUUUUUCGAUAAGGUCCAGGUUCCAUUGCCGAACUUCACGCGCGACCCGCAGCUUGAAGCUCGCGUUGCUGAUAUUGUUCGGACGUGGGGUAACGAGGAGCACCUACGGCCAUACGUUGUCACCAGCCUCAUCCUCACAGUCACCGCGUACAGUCACAUCGCCAACUUCGAGACGCGGGUGCAGAUUACGCUGUUCACCAUCAUCAUCAUCGCCAUGGACGACCCUGUCGUCUUCGACUCGCUCGCAACCCGCGAGUUCCACCAGCGCAUGUGCACCGGCGUGAUUCAAGACGAGGCCGGCAUGCUCGGGGCGUUCACGAAGAUCCUGGAGUCAAUGUGGGACCAUUACUCUGGCUUCUCGGCAAACACCAUUUAUGCGUCCGCCUUGCGCUUUGUGAACGCAUCCAUCAUUGAGAACGAGACUGACGUGACGACGCUGCGCUCUCAUGCUCUUCCAUUUGUGGAGUACAAACGGAGCAUGACCGCCACCACCGAAGCGUAUGCGUGUUUCAUCUGGGACAAGGCCCGCUUUCCCGAUGUCAAGGUGUAUAUGCAGGCAAUCCCCGACAUCUUGUCAUUCUACAAAGAGGAGCUUGCAGGAGAGACUGCAAACUACAUCCAUGAGCGCGCGUAUGUGACUGGAAAAUCUAUCCCUGACACCCUUCGCAACCUCAUCAACGAGACGGCCCGUGCUGUAGAGCGGGUUCGCGACAUUCUCGGCGAAGGCGAGGCACGAGCUGCGUUCGAGAAUUUCGCCGCGGGCUACAUCAGAGUCCAUACAGGCAAUCCUCGCUACCGUUUGAAGGACGUUAUCGGGGAGAUCUGGACGCGAUUGCAGAAUACUAUGGGGGGCAGGGAGUUGCUCAAACCACCUUGUACAGCCUUCCACAUCUUUACUUCAAAUCCCAAAAGAAAAUGCUCUAACGGAACGCCUUGUGGGCAAGACGCGCUGCAGGCGCGUCAAGCGCCGGGGUGGGACGGAUACCCCCUCAAGGGUAUCCCGCUCCCCCCUUACUUAACGUCUGGUUACGAGACUAGCCUCUUACAUGCAUCUAGCCCUUUAAAAAAAUCGACGGGUUUAUACUCCACACAACGAUCGGCAACUGAUAGUCUCCGAGGUGUAGUGUGCGGCAAUACGAUGGCUAUCCUGUCUGCGAGACAACAUAUGGCAGUCCGGGAUCAUCGGGAGAACGAUAUGGUCACAAGGGCGACGCGAGCGUUUGAAUCCCUAGCCGUUGACUGGGCUUUCAAUGACUUGUCGAACAUUGGAUCGUGUCAUUUCCGAAAGCAGGCGGCAACGCAUGACAUUCGAGCCGUCAUCGCGGAGUUUCUAGAUGAGAUCCACGCAUCGUUCCCCACGGUACAUGAACGAGACCAUGAGCUGGAAGCGUGUGUACACGAAACCAUUGCCUCGUGGGGUCUCGGUCAGUAUGUCGGCAUUCAACACAUUGAAACAGCUAUUACGGGGACUACCAGUGCAUACGGGCAUAUUUCUUCAAUCGAGACCAAGAUUCAAAUUGUACUGUUCACAACCUUGGUCUUGGCACUGGAUGAUCCCGUCGUCUUCGAGUCACUAUCAUUCCACGAGCUCCUUCAAAAGAUCUCUGUAGGCUCUUCUCAGGAUGAACGUGGGUUUCUUGGGGAAUUCACUAAAAUUCUUACCGGCAUGUGGGUCCACUAUCCCGUCUCUUCAGCGAACACCAUCUUCGUUUCCGCCCUCCGCUACGUCAAUGCAUCAGUACUCGAACGCGAAAGCGUACAUAGCGCAUCAAGGACGCUUUCGUACGUUGAGUACAAGCGGAGCAUGUCAGCGACCACGGAAGCGUACGCUUGCUUUAUCUGGGAUAAGCAGCAAUUCCCAGAUGUCAAGGCAUACAUACAAGCAAUACCCGAUGUGAUGCUCUACGUGAGCUACGUGAAUGACAUAUUAUCCUUCUACAAAGAAGAACUCUCCGGGGAGACGGACAACUACAUUCACGAGCGCGCUUGCGUAACGCGAAAGAGAGAAAUUGAUACUCUGCGAGAGGUUGUUAGCGACACACUCGCCGCAGUGGAGCGAAUCCGCGGAGUACUAGGCGAAGGCGAAGCUAGAGAUGCGUUUGAGAGCUUUGCUGCAGGUUAUGUCAGAGUUCAUAUGAUCAAUCCUCGAUACCGCUUGGACGAGAUCAUGGGGAAGCCUCAUAUCUGGACAAGAUACGAGAGCAUGAGACUCGCACACUGUUACUCGCAUGAGAUCGUGACAGCCUGUGAAGACAUGAAGCAGAGGCAGUGA